AUGGCUGCAUCAAGUGGGUUGAUACUUGAUAGAGAUUUUUGCUUGUUCUUUAGUUACUUACGGGUCAUUGUAUGUGUAAAUCACUAUUUGAUUUCAGAGGUAGGGAAAUCAGGGAUGUGCAAACCAUUUCUAGAUGCUACUCCAACUCAUUACACUGUAAAAAUAGAGUUAUUUUCAAGGCUAAAGAAUUUUUGUGAAGAGGAUCCAUAUGAAUCAAGAGAGUUUGAAGCUGGAGGAUACAAAUGGAAACUGGUACUCUACCCAGAUGGAAACAAGAGAAGAAAUGUGGAAGGUCACAUCUCUCUCUACUUGGAAAUAGCUGGAACAAAUUUAUUUCAGCCUGGUUGGGAGGUACAUGUUGAUUUUAGAUUGUUCUUGCUUGAUCAGCAUAAAAGAGUCUACUUGGUUUUUGAAGGUAUUAUCUGCUUCAGUGUAACUGAAUUCUCAUCCAGCACGAAUUGUGAUACUGUUCUCUUAAGGACUGAUGAGUUUUUAGUGGCUACAAAAGAGGUGCUAUUGGGGAAAUUUGUAGUAGUGGCGGCCGGUUUUGAUAAGCUUAUCAGUGUUAAAGAUUUUACUGAUGACUCCAACGGAUAUCUAGUUGAUGACACGUGCGUGUUUGGUGCUGAGGUCUUUGUCUGUAAAGAAAGGAGAACAGGCAAAGGAGAGUGUCUAUCAAGGAUCCAGAAUCCUUCAACGUACAAGUAUGUUUGGAAAAUUGAUAAUUUUUUAAAGACAGAUGCCGUAUGCCAUUGUUCAGAAGCAUUCAGUGCUGGAAAUCAGAAAUGGAAGAUAGAACUCUAUCCCAAGGGAAUUAAUAAAGGAAAGGGUAGUCAUGUUUCUCUGUUUUUUAAACUGGCUAAUCCGGAAACCCUUCCUCCUGGCUCUAAAAUAUAUGCAGACUAUACUCUACGCAUCCAAGAUCAAAUUCAUUUCAAGCAUGAUCAUGGAAGAGGUAGUGCCAGUUUCCACGCUACAGACACAUCUUGGGGUUGGUUUAAAUUCAUCAACAAGACACUUUCAGUCAAGCUGGCAAUGGGUUUUUGGUGA